AUGACAUAUUGUCAGCUGGUUGAUCUGAUAAAUAAAUGGAACCUUGAACUAGAGGAUUAAGAGAAGCACUUUCUUCACCAUGCCACCCAGGUCAAUGCUUGGGUCUGUACUUUCAUUGAGAAUUGUGAGAAGAUUACUAUUUUACAUGAAAAAAUGAAAAAAAAAAAAGUGAAAUUGGAUCAGAAAAGGCUGGAAAAUGAAUUGGAUUUUGUCUUGUCACAGCAGAGGGAACUAGAUCUCUUGAUGCCUUUAGAGGAAUCUUUGAAGGAUGAGAGUAGUUUUGUUUAUCCAAAGUACGCAGAUAAGGAGUGUGAGAGGAUGUAAGUGAGUGGGAGAAAUAUAGAUGCUCAGCUGAAACAGAUGGCCCAGGAUCUCAAGAACAUUAUUGAGCUCCUAAAUAUAUUUGAAAUACCUACUGACACUACUGACCCUCUCCAGCAGAUCUGCAGAAUUUUGAAUGCUCAUAUGGACUCUCUACAGUGAAUUAGCCAGAAUUCAGGUGGGAGUUUAUUUGUAAACCGAGCUAUCUGUAUUGAAAAUAGAAAAUGUGAUACAAAUCAGGUUUUGUGCACCAUAAGCACACUCAAAUAA